AUGGAAAUGGGCUUCAGCCAGGACAUCGCUCAGGAGGCAGCCGUGCGCUUUCCCUCAAACACGGAGGAAGCCAUGGAGUGGGCCCUGGAAGAGUCCACGAGAAAAGCCAAGGAGUCUGCCCAGGCUUUGGGCUCGCUGACGCGGAGGCUGGCAGAGCCGAAGCGGCCGCCUCCGUUGAUGCGGGCGGAGACAGCAGCCGAAGUCUCGCCCCAAGUCGAGGCUGCCAGCGCAGCGGCCGGCAGAGCGCUCGAAAGCAAGCUUGCCAAGCUGGCUGUGCUGUCGGAGCUGACGGGUCGACGACCCGCGAGCGAUGGAUACCGAGGCGACACUGAGUUGGUGGCACAGCUCCUCGGGCUGGGCUUCUCCUCGGAUCGGGCCCGGGCGGCAGCAGAGCGCUGCUCCACGGCACGCCCGACGAUGCCAGAGGUGGAGGAGAAGCCAAAGAAAGAGCCACGUGAGGCCCAGAAGAAGAUGGAUUUCUGGCAGCAGGUUGUGGGCUCUGACAAGAAGCUGAGGGAGCGGCUGCGCAAUGCCGGGGACCUCGGAAAAAGUCUCACCGGGUCGGAGAAAAGCCACGGGAUGACGGAGUGCAGGCUGCCGCUGUGCCACGCCUUCUUGGCUCCCAGCCCACAAGGCCUGGAAGGGCUCCGUUCCAGGAGCUUUAGUCGGGGAGCGCUGCGCUCCGAGGUGCCGGCAGCUCGCAGCGCGCCCUCCACAGGGGUUCAGUGGGGCGUCACAGGCGCGGCGGCCGCUGUUUUGGCGAGCCUCGUGCGCUCCCGCCGAACCUGCCUGGCGGCAACGCAGAUGAAACAGAGCAAAGUGUCAAGGUUGAAGGGUGGUGCAAUGUUGACGGUCCGGAAGUCCAAGAACAACGCUCAUGUCGCCCUGUGCGACAAGAAGGGCGAGAUUGUCUGGUGCACCACCGAGAAGCGCUACGGCCCGCUCCUCCCGAACGCCAAUCGUGCCAUCGAGGCGGCGCUCUUCGUGGCAGACAAGCUGGGCGUGGAGUCCAUCGUGCUGCAAGUGAAGGGCUCGCCUGGAGCUUUGGGCGGCAUCAUCGCCACCAUCCGUUCUUCCGGCAUCAAUGUAUCACAAGCCUAUGUCCGAAACACCAUCCAAUACGGAGGCUGCCGGCCGCGUCUUAUGCGCCGUGUGUGA